AUGGCGGACCUGGUCUCCGACGUGCUCCUGUCCUUCUUCUGCUGCUGCUUCUACCCUCCCGGGGGGCACCACGACACGCGACACUACCGCGGCCACCCGGCGGGCAGAAGCUCCGCGCAUCGUCACCACCACGGCGCCGCGGGUCGUACGGUGGCCAGUCGGAGCAGACCGGCCCUGUCUCUCCAGACGGUGGAGCUCAAGGUCCGGAUGUGCUGCGACGGCUGUGAGCGAGCCGUGAUGCAGUCUCUCGUGAACCUCCGAGGAGUGGACAGCGUGGAGGUGGACGCCGGGACGGGGAAGGUGAGGGUGACGGGGUACGUGGAGCGGGGAAAGGUGCUGCGGGAGGUACGCCGCCGGAGCGGGAAGAAGGCGGACUUCUGGCCGAGCGGCGGCACGCCGCUGCGCUUCGCGUCUCCCGGGGGCUGCUUCGGCGGCAGCGAGCCGUACCGCGACACCUACAGCUACCACCGACGCGGCUACGGUGAUGGUGGUGAUCGUCACGGCCGCGCCCGCAGGCCUGCUCGUGGCAGCGACGCCGUCAGCAACAUGUUCAACGAUGAUGAUGUCAACGCGUGCGCGAUCAUGUGA